CAUACUCCACAUCUCCUCGAUCACAAGCUAUCCAUCGAUCUUUCUCAUUUGAAGUCAUCGACAGCGAGUAGCCGAUCGAUCACAGCGAGCAAGUUGAUCGACACGGUUAGCAAUGGGCAAUGUGGAGGCGACGUCGUUCAUGGUCUCGCCGGAGCUCGGCGACGCGCUGGCGAAGGUGGCCGUGUUCGCGCUGGUCCAGGCGCUGGUCUACCUGAUCCUGCGCAAGUCCUCGGACGUCUUCUCCCCGGGGAAGGCGGCGGCGAGAUCGCUCAGCUUCCGGCCCAUGCGGAGCAUGAGCGUCCGCCGCGUGCUGGCCACGUUCUCCGACGUCCCCGUCGGCGUCCCGGAGGACGGCGCCGGCGCCGGCGCCCCGUCGCCUUCGCCGUUGGACCCGGGGGCCGAGUGUGCCACCAGCUGGUCGAAGUGAUUAUUCUUCGGGUUCGAUGGUGCCUUGAUUAAAAAAAAAUAGUACCCCUGACUUGUACUACAACUGAUUAGAAAUUAUUAUGCAAUCCUAAAAAAAAUAGUUUAUUAUAUGUAAAUGGUAGCACUUGAGGUGUGACAUGUAAAUCGUAUACGGUAUGUAUGUAUAAUGUAUGUACAGCUAGUUUGUGUAUUGAGCUCUGUUCUGUUACUUUGUGCACUGAUCUUAAUUCGGAGUCUGGAUUACUUUUCU